AUGGCUCACUGUCAGUUACGUGGACCGCUCAUUGGACCUCUUCGAGAGCGUCGACGGUCUGAGCUUUCACAGAAACAUCCCGUAUGGGAGCAAGCACGCAAGUUUCAGCAUGGCGUCAUGACGACACAGCAGGAAGUCCGCCGUAAUCCCGGCAUUCCUAGGAAGCUCGCCGAUCAGUUGUGUCAGACACUCAUUGCCUCUGCCCAAGAUAUGAACAACGCCAUCCGUGAGACGGUUGAUGAUGCUUCGGAGCUGCGCAUCCAACUGGAGGACGCCAACAUGGCCAUCAUGAGUCUCAAGAUCCAGGAGACCGCUUCCAAGUUUGACGUCUCUGAGGCACACAAGCAAAUCAAGGAGAACGUCUCCAAAAUUGAAGAUGCUGAAAACCGUCUAGCUAAGUACCAUGCUGAUGCCGAGAAAGAUCGGAACGAGCUGCGCGAGGCCCUCGCUCGGCUCAAUGGGGCCAAUGAUGAGGAGCAGAAAAGAGAGCUCACUAAUGCUCUUCUGAAGAUGCUUCAAACACAGCUUAGCAUCCGACACUCCAUCUCGCCUAAGCCCACAAAGUCCGAGGCGACUUCCAUUGAACAAGCUCUGACGGCUUUUCAUAAAGCCCAGUUGCAGGAGUCGGACGAGAGUCAAGCCGACGAGUUCGCUGGUCGUUUGGAAGAUCUGUCGACUCGCGAAUAUCUCCACAAAGAUGUUAGCAGCAAGCCUUGCGAUGAUGGAGGUAUGCAGCUGCUCUCGCAUUCUCAUGUUUACGGCAGUGAACCUGUGGGCUUCCUGUCUCAGCACUCUUUCCGUGGUGUUGCUCAGACUAGCACGCGUAGUACUUCCGGCAAGGAUACUCAGAGCGCCUCCAGUCAGGGACGCAUGCCUUGGCCGCACACUCCCAGCCAGCGUAUGCUCAAUAGCCCUGGAAUGGGUGACGACGUUUUUCGACCAUCUACCCCCCAGACCCCGGAUGCCUCCCACCAAAAUGGCCAUGGUGGAGCUCUUGGCAGAAACGACAGCUUUGGCGGACCGAGCAGGGUCAACACUGCGGCGGGUAUGCGCAGCCGACCUCCCGUCAGCAUGAACAUGGGCUUCGGUCAACCACGCGGCCCUGGUCCUAGAUCUGGCCCUCACAAUUUCCGGCCUAAGGCACCGGAGUUCCAACCCGUCGAUGGGAACUUUAGGGUGAACACCAACGGUUUUGAAGGUGUCAGGAACAUUGACCAGAUCGCGAACACGUCCUAUGGCCAGCCACAAAUGCCUGAACAGACGCAGGUGUCAUACCCUCGUCCACAGGGUGGUCCUCAGGCCAUGUACAACCAUCAAAUGUACUAUGACGGCCUCGACCACAACAACACUUUCGCCUACGAAGGUCCGAAGCGUCCACAGUUUGGCCCCACUCACUAUGACAGUCAAGCUGUGGUCCAUCGCUCCCAGCCUAUCAUCCCCGUCGGCCAGACAUAUGGCGGAUUGGAUGACGAUUUAAGCCGCUUCGAGGCCGCCUUCCGUGAGCUCUUUGGUAUUUCUCGCGGCUUCAUCGGCACUUGGGUUGGAACCAACGUCGAGAUGCACCGACAGGCACCCAUCAUGCAGUAUCUGCCCAAGGUCUAUACAGGCUUUACUGAACAGCAAGCUUGGUCCUACAUUCGCCAGCAUCUCAAUGAUGGACUUUCCCGCUCCUGUCUUUUUGCUCGGGUCAUGGUCGAUUUCAUUGUUCAGAGGAUCCUUGUUCCCAGUGCUUGGCAGGGGUUCGAUUUCCAGAACGACCGCCGCAUUCAGCAGCUGGAAGAAGAGCUUGCACGUGGUCCGAUCGUCACCCCAAGCGCUCGCAGCGAGUACAACAGAGCCGUCUCGGAGAUCAUCAACUCCAUCGUGAACAGUGAGAGAUACGAGCACUAUCGUGAGGGCCGCAUCGAAUACUUCGCUGCUGAACUCGAGAAUAUGCUCAGCCCCCUCAUCACCCCCUACGCCAACUUGGCCGAAGCAAAGAGUGAUCUACGCUCUAUGGUUGGUAAAGCUUGGUCACUUUCGGCCAAGACCCUCACGUCCCGCAUGACCUUCGAGUACCGCUUCCCCGAGGCUGGGUCUCGCUUCUCGAUGCAGAGCAUGAUUGCUGUUGCCCCUAACAUCGAUGGGUACACUCUUCAGGCUGAACACUGGCGUAUACAGCUCGUGGUCACCCCUGUGAUUACGGUCCGUAACGACAGCGGCAAUACGCUCUCGGUCCAUGUGACCAAUUUGGCCGAGGUUCUCCUCAUGAAGUGA